AUGGACGCGAUGGAGCCAGAGCCUAUGCAGCCUGAGGUGCAGCUGGACGAGGAUGGUGAUGUUGAGGACAUGCAUGCUGAAACGAAUGCAUCCUUCUCUUGGGCACGUGAUGCGCCACCGGUGCAAGGAGCUUUCCGACUUCGCUGCGGCCACACUUAUCAUAUGACCUGCUUGCGCACAUGGUUUCAGCAGAAAACCAGAUGCCCAAGCUGUCAGCAAGAGUUUGGCAAAGUAGUGGGGAAGCAGCCUCGUCUCGGAACUUUCAGCUGGCAUUGUGAGAACUUCACACUCCCUGGGCACCCAGAUGCUGCCAAGACCAUCGUCAUACAGUUUAUCUUCCCGGAGGGCAUCGACGAUGAAGGGAAAAGCUACGCAGGCAGAAAGCCCAAAGGAUAUCUUCCAUGCAAUGCGCAGGGAAUCAUCUUACUGGAGCUCUUCAAGGUAGCUUUCCGACGGCGUGUCAUGUUCGGUAUGGGCGAGUCCAUGACGUUCAGCUCGUACCGUCCGACGUUCAACAUCCACAUCAAGACCAGCUCUUCGGGAGGAGAGACCAAGCACGGUUAUCCAGAUGAGACUUACUUCCACAGGUCCUUGGGCGAGCUCAAAGCGAAUGGAGUAUCUCUCACGGACCUGCAAAACUAG